GCGUGCGCCCCACCUUGUUUCGAUCACGUGACAUGAUCUUACGAAGAUGGUGGAAGUUUCCUCUUCCUUGAAGUGAAGCCCCGACUGAAACCCAACAUCCUUCACAGCUAGGACAGGGGGUUCACUGCAGCGUUACCAGUUUGGUUUUUACAGCCUCUCUUCCGAUCUGGGCCUUCACCCCAGCCCUAUGUCAUGGCAAGUGGAGUCACCAAGUCAAGCACUUCCAACGGUUUACCUAUGAAGGCACAGCUACAAAUCAUUGUGCUAUCAGCAAAACUAAAAGAGAACAAGAAAAACUGGUUUGGUCCCAGUCCUUAUGUGGAAGUGACAGUCGACGGCCAGUCCAAGAAAACAGAGAAAUGCAACAACACCCACAACCCCAAAUGGAAGCAGCCGCUCACUGUGAUUGUGACUCCAUUCAGCAAACUGGUGUUUCGCGUCUGGAGCCACCAGACCCUGAAGUCAGACGUGUUGCUAGGCAUGGCCACGCUGGACGUCAGUGACACGCUCAAGUCUAACGACAUGACAAUCUCGGAGGUGGUGCAGACCUUACAGCUGUGUGCAGACAGAGACCUGUCAGAUGUGGUUGGUGACCUGUCUGUCUACCUGGACGGAAUGACGGUCGACGCCGAGAUGUUCGCCGCCGCCGAGGCCGACCAUCACAGUACAUCAAAUGGGGAGUCAUCGCAACCCAAUGGGGAUCAUGUCAUAAGGCGGAGUCGGGACAGCUCCCCUGCUGUGGAUGCUGUAGAGCACAGGUCUUCUCCCAGUGGCCGGAGGGCAGCCAACAGCACAGGGUCUCCUUCGGUGUCAUCAGGGGGCUCGAGGCCUCUCCGACCACCCAGGCCCUCCAGACCUCCUCCUCCAACCCCACGCAGACCCACCUCUUCACCAGCACCUUCCAGUAAUGGCUCUGCGCCAGCUGAUGGCAGCGAUGGUCAGUCUGGUUCUGAUACACCAGUGCGUACACCGGCCUCAGGACCCUCACCAGCCCCAGAAUCAAGUCCAUCGACAGGCUCAGACACAAACUCCACACCGGCCUCCACUUCUGGAGCUGCUGCAACCAGACAGCCGGCCAGCAGCAUCACCCCUGCUGUCAUCCCAAGAGUCCCCGCUGUCAACGCUGUGCCAUUGCCCCCUGGGUGGGAGCAGAGGGUGGAUCAGAACGGCAGGUUGUAUUUUGUCGAUCACGUGGAAAAGAGAACAACGUGGGAACGCCCUGAACCACUGCCCCCGGGCUGGGAACGUCGUGUCGACCAGAUGGGGCGGGUCUACUUUGUCGAUCACAUGACGCGAACCACCACGUGGCAGCGUCCCACAAUGGAGACGGUGCGUAACUACGAGCAGUGGCAGCACCAGCGCAGCCAGCUACAGGGCGCCAUGCAGCAGUUCAACCAGAGGUUCAUAUUUGGGCUACAAGACCAGGGUUCAGCCACUCAGAAUAAGGAUUUUGAUCCUCUUGGGCCUCUGCCACAUGGAUGGGAGAAGAGAACAGACACGAAUGGCAGAGUUUAUUUUGUACAUCAUUCUACGCGGACAACACAGUGGGAGGACCCACGAACGCAGGGUGUGCUGAAUGAGAAGCCACUUCCAGAGGGCUGGGAGAUGAGGUUCACUGUCGAUGGCAUACCCUACUUCGUAGACCACAACAGGAGAACAACCACCUACAUCGACCCUCGCACUGGAAAAUCCUCACUUGAAAACGGACCUCAGAUCACCUACGUUCGAGACUUUAAAGCCAAAGUACAGUACUUCAGAUUCUGGUGCCAGCAACUGUCAUUGCCUCAACACAUCAAGAUCACCGUAACCAGAAAAACCCUGUUUGAGGACUCCUUCCAGCAGAUAAUGAGCUUCAACGCUCAGGAUCUGCGGAGGAGACUAUGGAUAAUCUUCCCAGGAGAAGAAGGCCUUGACUACGGAGGCGUGGCCAGGGAGUGGUUCUUCCUGUUGUCCCAUGAAGUUCUGAACCCCAUGUACUGCCUGUUUGAAUAUGCCGGUAAAGAUAACUACUGUCUCCAGAUCAACCCUGCCUCUUACAUCAACCCGGACCACCUCAAGUAUUUUAAGUUCAUAGGACGCUUCAUUGCCAUGGCUCUUUUCCAUGGCAAAUUCAUCGACACUGGUUUCUCACUGCCAUUUUACAAGCGCAUCCUAAACAAGCCAUUGGCCCUCAAAGAUCUGGAGUCAAUAGACGAGGAGUUCUACAACUCCCUCAUGUGGAUCAAGGAUAACAACAUCGAGGAGUGUGGGCUGGAGAUGUACUUCUCUGUUGACAAAGAGAUCCUGGGGGAAAUCUCCACCCACGAGCUGAAACCAGAUGGAGGAGACCUCCCAGUCACUGAGGAGAACAAGGAGGAGUACAUCAGACUGGUAGCAGAGUGGAGGAUGUCCAGAGGAGUGGAAGAGCAGACACAGGCUUUCUUUGAAGGCUUCAACGAAGUCCUCCCUCAGCAGUACCUGCAGUACUUUGAUGCUAAAGAGCUUGAGGUGAUGCUGUGUGGUAUGCAGGAGAUCGACCUUGCAGACUGGCAGAGAAACACUAUCUACAGACACUACGCUCGAAGCAGCAAACAGAUCGUCUGGUUCUGGCAGUUUAUAAAGGAGAUGGACAAUGAGAAGAGGAUGAGGCUGCUGCAGUUUGUCACCGGUACCUGUCGCCUGCCUGUAGGAGGCUUUGCCGACCUAAUGGGAAGCAAUGGUCCCCAGAAGUUCUGCCUUGAGAAGGUGGGGAAAGAAAACUGGCUUCCCAGAAGCCACACGUGCUUCAACAGACUGGACUUGCCACCCUACAAGAGCUACGAGCAACUGAAGGAGAAGCUGAUGUUUGCCAUCGAGGAGACAGAAGGCUUCGGACAGGAGUGAGAGAAACCAGGAGAAGUUUGAAUAGUGGGUGCAGGAGUCUGAAGGAAUAUAGACCACCAGAGUUCAAAUCAGGGAGCCCCUUCAGAAAAAAGCGGGUGUUUUAUGUGUUUCUGCUCAUGCAUGCAUGCACACACCUGUAUGGUACUUCUAUGGGUGUGUGUGUGAGACUGUUGCCUGCAUGUUGUUGCAAAGGAGCUGGGAUUUGCGUCUACGCCAUGCUCGCAGCAGGCCUCUCAAUGCUUGAUUGGUACGUGGAAAUUUUGUAUUCUUUGAAACCAAAACACAGAAGGUGCUCCGAAUCUCUCAGAAUGUGUGGCAAAUUAUGCAUGGGAUCCUGAAAACUCACCCUCCGUGACAUCUGUUUUAAUGGGACUGCAGUAGUUUUUCCUCCCCGCACAUGAUCAUCAUGCAAUGGCAGGCAACAGGGUGGCCUUGGGGCUACAGUCGAAAUCUCAUAACCAGAAGGGUCACAGGUUCUAACAUUAGCGUCUUCUCAAAGUGUCUUUGACUAGCUGAUUUAUUCUUAUUAUGUUGCUCUGCAUUAAAGCAUCUGGUAAAUGUCAGUGUUUAUUUUAAGGCAAGAUUAAGAGGGUGUGCUUUUUUUUUCUAAGGGUUAAGUUUCACCAAAAAGCUAACUUUGUUGCUCUAAGGUUGUUUGUUGCAUCCACUUUUAGCAUCAUCCACAUUGUCAUUCCCCAUCAUAUCCUCAAAUCUCUCACACUUUCAUCUGCAUAUCUACUCAUGACUAAAGUGGAUCUUGUUUUUAUUCCUUCUUUUUUUAAGAAACGUGUGACAAUAUAAGAUGAUCGCUAUGUCAUAGUGAAUUUAUAAAGAGUGCCCCAAAAUAAUGCUUAACUAACAGACAAUCUUGGUGCUGCAAAGAGAUUUUGGCAUCAUGCCUAAUAUAAAACACAAGAAAGAGAAAGUGUUUUGUGUUCCCACUUCUAUAGUAUGUGAUCUACGAAUCACUUAAUAAUUGUGAAAAGUGUUGUAGCCUCCAUUAUUUAUAGUGGUGGCAAAUGUGGAAGACUGACCCUAGUUUUAUAGGGCGGUAGUUUUUACGCUGUGAUGGGGUAUGGGACAUCUUGGAUUAGAGUAUUCUGGGAGUAUUUCUUAAAUUAUUCAUCUUAAUAUCAGCUUCAGAAACAUUUUACACCUUCCUUAAUUUGAAUUCAUUGGGCGAUCUGAAGAAAUCCAUUUGGGAUGAAGUAAGUAUUUUAAGAUAUUUAUGUUAUUUAGUACUCAAGAUGUACUUGACUUAAUGUGUCAGAACUUAAAAAAAAUGACAAAACGCAAAAGACAAGUGAAAAACACCAAAUGCAAGUCAAACUAAAUAUUUUUUUAAGUUUAGUUAAAAUGUUUUAAUAACAUUUUGAAUGCAUACUUUGCAAAAAAAUUUUGCUUGUAGCUCCUAAUACGCAUGUAGCAUUUAAAGGUGAGUUAUGGUAAUUACCUUAUUUGAACUCUUCUUGCCCCACAGCCAUCCAUAAAGUGAAUGGGGGAAAAAUAAAUAACAUUCUUAGGAAUUUAAAAAUCGCUUUCAAAAAGAUGCAGUGUGGUAUUUAAAAGUUGUGUCUUCCCUUUUACACUUAAAGGAGCAUUUUACUUUGGAGUAUUUUCACCUCGUAGCAGUCGAAAUUCCUCUGAUGUCAUUUUGUUUUACAAAGAAACUGCUUCAAAAUUAAAGUCUGAAACACAGUGAAACUGUGUUUGGAUAGGUGUUAAAUUUUAAAGAUUUGUUUAAAGAUAUGAUUUCAGGUAUGUUGAUUAUGGAUCCCAAGAACAGCCAAUUUUGGUAGAUUACCGUUCAUUGAUUACAGAUGUGUGUGUAGAUGUGUGCACAAAGAAACCUCCAGAUGCUUUACCAAUGUAGAAUCUAACAUUGAGUGUGUUGUUGUAUUAUAACUGCAAACACGUUUUUGGUUUGGUUGAUGUCACACAAUAUCUGAUCAGUGACAGAGUUAUAAAAGAUGUUUAAUCUCAUUUUAUGGAGAAAAAAAACCCUCACCACAUA